ACUUCUGUUCACCGCGCGCUGGAAUCGCCAUAACUUGAACCGGGGAAACGGUGCAGGGCUCGCGGAGUGUCACCAGUCCUGCUCCACCCGCUCCGAGCGAGAUUCGAACCGGCGUCGCUGUCAUGGGAGGCGGGCACGCUAACGAGGAGGCUAAAGGCGUCAGUCACUAGUGCGCCUCUUGAUGCCAAGGCAGUGUUGUGUACACACUGCACAGCUACCUACCAGCUGACUAAGUAGUGCAAGUAAAAUGUUUACACUGAAAAUGCAACAAAAAGAAGUGUACUUUGAGUUUCCGGAUGAUGCACUUCUUCAACCAUCAAAACAGAGUGUGGAAUGUUGCGGCUUGCAAUACAUAGAGGCCGGAGUUACCUGGCUACGUUGCUGGUCUGACAAAACAGUUGUAAAUAAUGGAGAAUGUAGCAACUAGACAAACAACAGUGAAGACAGCACCUUACAAAUUGCCUGUAGCAGGGUGAAUCAGAAUGGGAGACAACAAGCCAAUUUGGGAACAAAUAGGAUCCAGCUUUGUACAACAUUACUAUCAGCUGUUUGACACAGACAGGACUCAACUUGGAUCAAUAUAUAUUGAUGCAUCAUGCCUUACGUGGGAGGGCCAGCAAUUCCAGGGGAAAGCGGCAAUUGUUGAAAAGCUCUCUAGCUUGCCCUUCACAAAAAUAGCCCACAGCAUAACAGCACAAGACCACCAGCCCACCCCUGAUAGCUGCAUAUUGAGUAUGGUAGUAGGCCAACUUAAAGCAGAUGAUGAUCCCAUCAUGGGAUUCCAUCAGAGCUUCAUCCUGAAGAACAUUAAUGAGGCGUGGGUUUGCACCAAUGACAUGUUCCGCCUGGCGCUGCACAAUUUUGGCUAAACACCCCAUGGCUAGCAGAAGGAAAGCUGGGCAAGGUGGAGGAUGGGGUUUUACCUUUGUAACUCCUGAACCUGUCAAUUGUCCCUUAAUUCAUCACACUCAAAAGAAGCGGCACCGGAUUACAGCAGUUAAUCACAGAAAACAUUGCAGGCGUAUACAGUACUGCCUCUACUCCAGAAAUGACGUUUCUUUGCUGAAAGCCCACAUAUCCAUCAAACUGACCCUUUUUCCUUCGCCAACCUGCAUGAAGAUGGGGAGCUUAAGUAUCAGAGAACGCCCUGAUAGGACAAAUACAUAUUAACCUAACCUCGGUUGUUUGAUAUUUACAUUUUAGUUGCUGAUUUUGACUUUGAAAUAACAACUGUCUUACUAUCUUUCUUUGAUUCAGUACAAAGUGUGUCAUCAGCUUGUUUUUAGAAUAUGCUCCUGAAAGUUUAAAUCUUUCUUUGCCCCUCUAGAAAAUUGGAAUCUUCAUUCAAUGUGAUGUCAGGUUGCUCUAGCUAUCCAAAGAAUACAACCCUAAUUUUCCCCUCCUCUCAGACCAGUGUGCUUCCCACUUUAUGCUCACUACUCUCUGUGACAAUAAUUACCAAGCCACGAUACACAAUAAAACCUUUGAUUUUUUUCUUAAUGUCAUCAUCCCCCUGUCUCGUUUUGCGUCUGCCUAUUCCCUUUUCUGUGCUUGCCUGUUCAUACUUUUGAUGCUUCAUAUUAGAUUCUCUAAAUCAUUUCCAGGUUACAAAAUCAUUUUUGCAGAAAUCAGUUAAGCUUGUUACAGUUAAGCUUUAACUACGAAGUAUUUGCUUUUCUGGUAGAACAGGGCUAUAAUGAGCAGUUAAACAAUGUUGCAAGUUUUUCCACGUGUAGAGUAACCUUACACAUUGCGGAAUUAUCAAUUAAUGCUUGUUGAAAAGAGUAUAUGCUUAGGGAAAAACUGAAACACAGGCUGGUGAUGCCACAUCAAUAAAGCAAGUUAAGAUUUUUGUUUGUUUGUUUGUUUGUUUUUUUUGAGAGAAACAAAGUUUAGUAAAAACAUGGAUGACCUUUCCCAGUGGUUUUAUUCCUUAAUUGAUCCUUGUUUUUUUUUUGUUUUUUUUUUGGUUAACAGGUUCCAUUUGCCCUUGAUAAAAAUCUUAGUAAUGGGAUGUGGGAAAUUAUAUGACAAAAGCCUAUACGAAUGUAAAUACCAUUGAGAUUGUAGUGUGGCCAAAGCAGUUGAUGUUUUGCUACAUUCUCUUCUCUACUGAUCUCAAUAGCUUAUAUUUUGGCACUACCAGUACAAGAAGGAAUGGUAACAUUUAAAGACAUAUAAAGCCUGAAGCGAUAACUUAAAAAUAAUGGUUUGUGGGAAUAACUAGCUCUUCAUUUUUUACAAGAAGUUUACAGUAAAGGACUAAUGGUCAGUGAUUAUAAUUAGAAAAUCCUCUUCACAAAAUACUGAAGGCCUUUGUGCCAAGUGAUGGUACGGAUAUUUUGAAAAGAUGUCUUCUCCAUUGGAGCUUUGCACUGAAAUAUCCAGAGAGAACUGGAUGAAUUUAAUGAAAUACCUUUUUUUUUUUUUUGGAUACAUUUUUGUCUUAUUGUAUACUUCAUGCUUGAUCAACCAUGCAGACAUCCACUGCCUUAAUUUUGGUUUGAGGAGAAGAGCAAAAGAAGACUUGAUUUCCCUACCCGAAACAACAGUAAUACAAUGUGAAUACGUCAAAAGAGACCACUUCAGAUGCCUACAUGUAUGUGAAAAUAAAGGAGAUCAAAGUAAA